AUGCCCGAGGGCCACGGGGCGCCCGCCCCUCCUCAGGCGGCUCGGAGCGCAGCGGACAGGCCUUCGGGGCCCGCACGCCCGGGGGCCCCGGUCCAGGCCGGCGUCCCGCAGAAGCUGGCCGAGGCGCUGAGCAGCCAGCACGGGCUGAACGUGUUCGUGGCGGGGCUGCUGCUCCUGCUGGCCUGGGCCGUGCACGCGUCGGGCGUGGGCAAGAGCGCCCUGCUCUGCUUCCUCUCGGCGCUCAUGCUGCUGCAGCUGCUCUGGAUGCUGUGGUACCUGCGCCGCCGCGCCGCGCACCGCCGCCUCCUCCGCCUCAAGGACACGCACGCCGGCGCGCGCUGGCUGCGCGGUAGUAUUACAUUGUUCGCUGUCAUGACCAUCAUCCUGGAAUGCCUUAAAAUUGGGUACUUCAUUGGAUAUUCUGAAUGUUUAUCGGCCACCGAAGGAGUGUUCCCUGUCACACACGCAGUGCACACUCUGGUUCAGGUAUAUUUUCUUUGGGGCCACGCAAAGGACGUCAUCCAGUCUUUCAAAACACUGGAAAGAUUUGGGGUGAUCCACUCUGUGUUCACCAACCUGCUUCUGUGGACCAACGGCGUCCUGAAUGAGUCAAAGCACCAACUGAACGAACACAAGGAACGGCUCAUGACUCUGGGCUUUGGGAACAUAACGAUAGAGCUCGACGACCACACACCGUCGUGUAACUGCACGCCCCCGACACUCUGCUCUGCCAUCUCUCACGGGAUCUACUACCUCUACCCUUUCAACAUUGAAUACCAGAUCCUGGCCUCCACGAUGCUCUAUGUCCUGUGGAAAAAUAUUGGACGCCAAAUGGACAGUCCUCAGCACCAGAAGAUACAGUUCAAGUUUCACGGGGUCACGGUGGGCUCGGCCCUGGGCCUGACCGUGCUGGCCGCCACGAUUGGGGUCGUGGUGGUGUACCUGAUUCAGAUCGGACGCUCCAAAUCCAGGAGCGAGUCGGCGCUCACCAUGUUCUACCUGUACGCCAUCGCCUUGCUGGUGCUCAUGGGGGCUGCGGGGCUGAUGGGAACCCUGAUCUACAGGCUUGACGAGCAAUCACUAGACGAAUCCAAAAACCCAGCCCGCAAGCUGGACGCGGACCUCCUGGUGGGCACGGCCUCUGGCUCCUGGUUCCUCUCCUGGGGCUCCAUCCUGGCCAUACUCUGUGCCGAGUCCCGCCCCGCGUACACCUGGUACAACCUGCCCUACUCCGUCCUGGUGAUCGCCGAGAAGUACAUCCAGAACCUCUUCAUCAUCGAGUCCAUUCACCAGGAGCCCGAGCUCUCGGAGGACAUCAGAACCCUGCGGGUGGUCACGGUCUGCAAUGGCGGUGCCACGCCCCUCACUGCUUCCUGCCUGAAGAGCGGAGCCGCGGCCGGGGGUGUGGCUUCCCGGGGCAGCGACGUGCCACCUGCCAGCCGUGGAAGUACGUGUCUGCGAGAAGGCGGCGGCAAAGAGGAGGGGACCGGGGAAGGAGCCUCGCGCCCCGCCGGCCACCCGCAUUUCUUGCAGGGCGAUGCCAAGAGAAGAGUCUUGAGGAAUAUCUCAGCCUUUUUGUUCCUCUGCAAUAUUUCGCUGUGGAUCCCUCCCGCCUUCGGCUGCCGCCCCGAGUAUGACAACGGAUUGGAGGAAAUUGUCUUUGGCUUUGAACCCUGGAUAAUUGCGGUCAACCUGGCCAUGCCAUUUUCUAUUUUCUACCGAAUGCACGCAGCUGCCUCCCUCUUUGAGGUCUAUUGUAAGAUAUAA